GCUCCCGGGAGCGGUCGCAUAGGCGCGCGCCGCGGCAGCCGGAGCCGCUGUGCGGUGGGGCCUGCGGCCGCGAUGUCGCCUCCGCCGGGCGACGCGGGCCCCGGGCCGCCGCGGACGCUGUCCCCCGCCGCGCGGCUGAGCUUCGCGGUCGGCCACUUCCUCAACGACCUGUGCGCGGGCAUGUGGUUCACCUACCUGCUGCUGUUCCUGCACUCCGUGCGCGGCUACAGCUCGCGGGGCGCCGGGCUGCUGCUGCUGCUCGGUCAGGCGGCCGACGGGCUCUGCACGCCGCUCGUGGGCUACGAGGCUGACCGCGCCGCCUGCGCGCGCUGCGGACCCCGCAAGGCCUGGCACCUGGCAGGCACCGUCUGCGUCCUGCUGUCCUUCCCGUUCAUCUUCAGCCCGUGCCUCGGCUGCGGGGAGGCCACCCCCGAGUGGGCUGCCCUGCUCUAUUAUGCACCCUUCAUCGUCAUUUUCCAGUUUGGCUGGGCUGCCACGCAGAUUGCCCACCUGAGCCUCAUCCCCGAGCUAGUGACCAGUGAGCACGAGAAGGUGGAGCUCACAGCCCUCAGGUAUGCCUUCACGGUGGUGGCCAACAUCACUGUCUACGGCACCGCCUGGCUGCUGCUGCACCUGCAGGGCUCUUCCCAUGGUGAACAGGACAUCAGUGUGGGUGACCAGCUGGGAGUCCAGGAUGUGCCGGUGUUUCGGAACCUGGCCCUGCUGGUGGUGGGCGUGGGAGCCAUCUUCUCUCUCCUCUUCCACUUGGGUACCAAGGAGGGGCGCCGGCCCCGGCCUCGGGAGAUAGAACCUGAUGAACACAGCCCCCUGGUGGCCCCCACGGCCCGGCCACUCCUGCUCUGGAAACACUGGCUUCGGGAGCCAGCUUUCUACCAGGUGGGCAUGCUGUACAUGACCACGAGGCUCAUCGUGAACCUGUCCCAGACCUACAUCGCUAUGUACCUGACCUACUCUCUCAGCCUGCCCAAGAAGUUCAUCGCCACCAUUCCUCUGGUGAUGUACUUGAGUGGCUUCUUCUCCUCCUUCCUCAUGAAGCCGGUCAACAGGCGCAUAGGGAGGAACAUGACCUACUUCACGGGGCUGCUGGUGAUCCUGGCCUUCGCAGCAUGGGUGGCCCUGGUAGAUAAGCUGGGCGUGGCCGUUUACGGGGCCGCUGUGCUGCUGGGUGCAGGUUGUGCCACUAUCCUGGUCACCUCGCUGGCCAUGACAGCUGACCUCAUCGGCCCACACACGCACAGUGGAGCCUUCGUGUACGGUGCUAUGAGCUUUUCGGAUAAGGUAGCCAACGGGCUGGCCGUCAUGGCUGUGCAGAGCCUGCACCCCUGCCCCUCUGAGCUUUGCUGCUGGGCCUGCGUCGGUUUCUACCACUGGGUAAUGGUGACUGUGACGGGCGGCGUGGGUGUGGCCGCGGCCCUGGCUCUGUGCAGCCUCCUCAUCUGGCCCAUCCGCAUCCGCACCCGGGACCUCGGAGACCGGCCCUGACCUGGCUCCCCAGGGCAACACGACGAAGGACCAGGCAGACACCCUGGCCCCCUGGUCCCCCACCUGCAGGGGUUCAGAGGGCACGGUGUGAGGGUGGGGGAAGGAUACCUGGCCAUGCUUCUUGAACCCCGGGGACCCGUGGUGGGUGUCCCGCCCCAACCGUGGACCAGCGCAGGGACCAGGGACGGGAAGGCCAGUCGGCUCGCUGGGACCCGAGGAGAAUAAAGCAGGAUUGACACCCCGGA